AUGCUGAUGAUGAUUAUGACCUUUCACUACCGGAUAAAGGAAUACAUCCUGUUGAAGCAAUGGGUCCCACAAAAUGAAACAGGUAAACUAUAGCUCACAGUUAACAAAAUUCCUUUAUUUUCAGAGUAUAUACUGUCUUGCCUUGGUGUCGUUACGUUAGGAGUCAUCUACGAGCUUUUGCGGACAGCCCGGCUGAUUCUUUUUCAAAAAGAUGACGUCCAGGAGGAUGUAUGGACAGUUUAUUUGAAUAGUUUGAGUGACAUUUUGAUUGAUGGACCUUUUCAGGUAUAUCAGUGUAAUGUGGAGUAUGUGCAGCCUGAUUAUGGAACGUUGGUGACUUCCGACUGUCAUUGUGCGCCGGAAAAGCCAUUUCGGCCGUAGGUUUUGAUUAUCAAGGGAAGUGUCCCAAUUGCGACGCUAAAUUUUAGUUAAACUUUGAACAUACAUAAUAUUUAGAUCAGAAGCCUGCUUCUCACUCUGGCCGCCUCGCAUAAUUUCCAGGUGGCAAAGAUAGUUGGAUAUCUCGGCUGCCACUGCAAAGAGCGAGCUAAAAAAUUGCGGAGUUAUUAUGGGGCCUAAGCAAAAUUUCUAUGCAAAAUUUAAAGAAAAUCUGACCGUUGCACUUCGAACACUUCCUUUAUGAAUUUAUUAUACGAAUAUAUAAUACCAAUAACUCCUUCAGAUUUUCCCUAAACGUCCUUGCCGACAAGUACCAUCAAUAUCAGUCCAUUCUGCAUGCCGUCCAAGAGUUCCUCGGGCUUUCUCUCAUGAUGAUCACCAUGACUUACAACACUCCCAUAGCUGCGUCGGUUGCUGUUGGUCAUAUAAUCGGGUUCUUCUUCCUUUCUCCCCUGUUUUCCGCACGAGAACAACAACGAAUUAGUCAAUGUUGUUGUAAUUGA